AUGCCGCAGUUCCAGGAGCUGCCCUGCGGCGGGCAGGUGCUGGACAUCGACGCCGCGCUCAAGGACGGCAUCCUGGGGUGCGGUCCGGAGCCCGGGGACGGCGACGGCGGGGGCAAGCAGCAGCAGCAGCCGGUGGAGCUGCGGAAGAUGAUGGACGAGCUGGACGCGGCGGGGGACGCUCCCGGCCCCGGCGGCGGCGGGGACGAGGCGGUGCCCGCCGUCUUCAUCUGCCCCAUCUCGCUGGAGCCGAUGGUGGAUCCGGCCACGCUCUGCACGGGGCAGACCUACGAGCGGUCCAACAUCGCGCGCUGGCUGGCGCUCGGCCACCGCACCUGCCCCACCACCAUGCAGGAGCUCUGGGACGACGCGCUCACCCCCAACGCCACGCUCCGCCAGCUCAUCGCCGCCUGGUUCUCCCGCCGCUACGCCCGCUUCAAGAAGCGCGCCGCCGACUUCCACGGCCGCGCCGCCGACCUCGUCCACGCCCUCCGCGGCACCACCGCCGUGCCCAGGCGCAGCCCGCUCAAGGGCAAGGCCCGCGUCGCCGCGCUCCAGGAGCUCCGCGCCCUCGCCGCCGCCCACCAGUCCGUCACCAAGGCCGUCGCCGAGGCCGGCGGCGUCGCGCUGCUCACCUCGCUCCUCGGCCCCUUCACGUCCCACUCCGUCGGGUCCGAGGCCGUCGCCAUCCUCGUCUGCGGCGUGCCGCUCGACGCCGACGCCAAGGCCGCGCUCAUGCAGCCCGCCAAGGUGUCCCUCGUGGUCGACAUGCUCAACGAGGGCGCGGUGGACACAAAGAUCAACUGCGUCCGCCUCUUCCGCAUCCUCAUGGACGAGAAGGCCUUCCGGCCGGAGACGGUCGCCAGCCUCAGCCUCUUGGUCGGAGCCAUGCGCCUCGUCCGGGAUAAGCGGCAUCAGGACGGCGUCGCCGCCGGGCUGGAGCUGCUCAAUUCCAUCUGUGCCGUGCAUAGACCGGCCAGGAGUAUGAUUGUGAGCAUCGGCGCGGUGCAGCAGCUGGUGGAGCUGCUGCCGGAGCUGGCGACGGAGUGCGUGGAGCCAGCAUUGGACGUCCUGGACGCGCUCGCCGCCGUCCCGGAAGGCAGGAUGGCUCUCAAGGAUUGCCCGAGGACGAUACCCAAUGCCGUCCGGUUGCUGAUGAGGGUGUCCGAAGCCUGCACGCGGCGAGCGCUGUCGAUGCUGUGGGUGGUGUGCAGGAUUGUUCCUGAGGAGUCUGCGCCGGCGGCUCUGGAGGUUGGGCUGGCCGCCAAGCUUCUCCUGGUCAUCCAAAGCGGCUGCGGGCCGGAGCUCAAGCAGCAAGCCUCAGAGUUGCUCAAGCUCUGCACCAUGAAUUGCACAUCAACCGCGUUCCUCGCAAAGUGCAAGCUCACAAAGACAAUUCAAUGAGAAGGGACGUAUAUCAGUUGCUUCGUUUUGUUUGUGAGAUGCAGCUUCCAUCGGUGGUUAGUCUUGCAUAAUCUGGAUCAAGGAAUGGAUGGGAUUGGCAAAUUGGUGGAUGAUGAAGACCCAUGUAAAUAGUUUCGCAACUAGCCGAACUUGCUGCUGUGCCAUUUGGAAACAUAAAGAGCGGACGAAUGGAUCG